AUGGCGGAUCUGCAAGCACUGCUACGAAAUGAAAAAAAUAUGUUGAUGCAAGAAAUAGCUCCCAAACCACCCUACGCACAAUCCAUCGCACUCCUCCCUUAUCCCCCGGGCUAUCUGACCCCUAAGUUCAGCAAAUUUGAUGCGAGGAAAGGGAACCCGCGGGAGCAUGUAGUGUGGUUUAUUAAAGCUUUGGGGCCCUUUAGAAACGAUCACACACUGCGACUUAGAGAGUUCUCAAAAACUCUCACAGAUAGGGCCUACAAAUGGUAUGCGAAUUUAGAGUCCAGGUCGCUCACUACUUGGAACCAAUUAGCCACGAUUUUCCAAUUGAAGUUCUUUCAGGCAGAGGAAAGGGUGACUACUCUUUCUUUGAUUAAGGAGAUUCAGGGUCCUGGUGAAGACUUGCUUACACAUGGCGCUACGCAAGAAAAGUACCGAGGCAGACGUAGACCUCAGGUUUCGGCUGCAGAUGAGCCGAACAGCAAAAGGAAUACGAGGCCAGCCCGCGCCCCUCGAGCAAAGAAUCCGGACGAGGCACCUCCUCCGUUCCCAUGCACCCCGGAAGAGGUGGAAACCAUUCUUAAGAAGUGGAUCCAACAUGGAGAUAUCAGACUGCCUGAGGUUCUUCGCGAGCCUACUGCAGAAGAAAUGGCUUACCCCAAAUACUGCAUGUAUCAGUGGCAUACUCGCCACCCUACCUACGAUUGUUGGGCUUUGCGAAAUACUUUCCAUAGACAGAUUGCUAAUGGCAAACUCAUCCUCCCUCCCAGGGAUGUAAGGGAGGAACCAUUUCCUGCACAUGAUCAAGGAGCUGCAAUGAUGGUCUCCGGCGUAGUGAAUGACGGAGAACGAGUUCAGGAGGAUGUUUCCUUGCCUAGCAAUGACUACCAUCAGCAUAGGGACAGUGUCACCCAGGUCGCGCUGGUAAGGGAAGACGAUCUCGAUGCAUUCCGCUUGUUGGAAACCGCACCAGUCAAAAAUAUCGUUCAAAAGAUGGAUUUCUCUCCUCUUGCUCAGAAAGAAAUUGCUAAGUUCCUGUGGUUGGCGGCGAAGGAGGGUGUAAAGGAAGUUGCGUCGAUCAUAUCACUCCCAGUACCUCAGAGAUCGACCGGGUCGGCCAUAGUCUUUACUGAAAAAGACAAAUGUGUUCCUACACCGCACAACAGGCUGUUGUAUGUUACGGCCUCUCUCAAUGAGGUCAAACUUAAGCAGGCGUUUCUUGACAAUGGUUCAUCCCUCAAUAUCAUGCCGUUGGAAAUCUUCCGUCGCAUUGGACUGCCAAGCGAGAAGCUUAUCCAGAAGUCGACUGAAAUUACCGGGUUUGGGAGUGAUAUUCGAAGAACUAAGGGAUAUGUGACAACCGAGUUGGUUAUUGGAAAAUUCAAAGGCCCAGUUAAGUUCCAUUUCAUUGAUUCAGACAUUUCUUAUCACUUACUUAUGGGUCGCGGUUGGAUGCAUAAGUUUGGAAUUGUUCCAUCUUCGUACCACCAGUGUAUGAAGGGGUUCUGGAACGGGAAGCAAGUAACGAUCCGCUGUUCUGAUCGACCAUUCACCAACAGGGAGUCUCAUAUGGUGGAGGUUGCAUUAUUUAAUGAACUAGAGGAGGCGGAGGAACCCCAACCAUUGAAGGCUUACCCUCUACCGAAGUGGGAGGCCAUCGACCGACAGGGAAGUGAAAAGAUGCCAGGAGCGAAUACCAGUCAGAAGGGGCCGACCGUUUGCAAGAGAAUACGUCUGGCCAACGGGAGGAUCGCCGACCGCUUAUAA